GGCGGGUAUUUUUUUCUCCCUCGCGGAGGCUGGACGUGGAGCUGGUUUCCGGAAGACCUUGUUUUGCCGGGAGCGCGGCCUCUCGUCGUGUCCGCGCCUCUCUUUUGACCAGCGCGUGUGGAGCCCGAGCGUGGAGUUCCCACAUUCACCAUUUUUCUUUAGAGUUCUUGGAGGCCGGCGGCGGGGCCGCGCGCGCGGAGCAGGGGCCGGCGCGUUGCACCCCCGCGUCCGCCGGCUUUGCGGGGAGGGGUUCAGGUCCGAGCCGGGUGACCCCGGCCCCGCUCCUGGGUCACCAUGUUGGUGUCCACCCAGCAGCUGGUGGAGGAGCUGCAGAUCUUCGGCCUGGACUGCGAGGACGCCCUGACUGAGAAAUUGGCAGACCUUUGUGUUCAGUAUGGACAGAAUGAGGAGGGAAUGGUGGGCGAGCUGGUGGCCUUCUGUACCCGCACAGGGAAAGUUUGCCUUACUUCUGAGAUCCUGAACUCUUUUGAGCAUGAGGUUCUGAGCAAAAAAUUAUCCAAAGCCUGGCACAGUGUCUCCAAGGACAGCGGGCAUGCCGGAGCUAGAGACAUUGUUUCCAUACAGGAGCUAAUUGAAGUUGAGGAAGAAGAAGAAUCUCUACUGAACUCCUACACCACACCCUCCAAGGGUCCUCAGAAGCGACCCAUCACCACCCCCGAGACCCCCCUAACAAAAAGGAGUGUGUCAGUGCAUAGCCCUCUUCAGAUCCUCUCACCGUCCAGUUUCUCCCCAAGUGCCACUCCUUCCCAGAAAUACAACUCAAGAAAUAACCGAGGCGAAGUGGUUAAUACCUUUGGCUGGUCCCAGGGCGUGUGUUGGUCUGGAAGAGGGGGAGCCGGGAACCCCAGCCUGAAGGUCAUUGGGUAUCCAGAGCCACUCACUGGGAGCUACAAAUUCAUGUUCCAGAAGCUCUCGGACAUUCGAGAAGUUCUGACCUGUAAGAUAGAGGAGCUUGGCGACGAACUCAAGCAACAUUACAAGAUUGAGGCUUUUACGCCUCUUCUAGUCCCUGUGCAAGAGCCCGUCACCGUGCUGGGCCAGAUCUGCUGCGACAGCAACGGGAAGCUCAACAGCAAGUCGGUCAUCCUCGAGGGAGACCGGGAGCAUUCCUCAGGUGCUCAGAUCCCAGUGGAUCUGUCUGAGCUCAGAGAAUAUUCUCUGUUCCCUGGACAGGUUGUAAUCAUGGAAGGAAUCAACACCACUGGUAGAAAACUUGUGGCCACCAAACUCUAUGAGGGUGUGCCGCUUCCAUUCUAUCAGCCCACCGAAGAGGAGAGAGAUUUCGAGCAGACGGUGAUCUUCCUGGCCUGUGGGCCGUACACCACGUCUGACAGCAUCACCUAUGACCCCCUGCUUGACCUGAUCGCCCUCAUCAACCAGGACCGGCCCGACGUCUGCAUCCUGUUCGGUCCUUUCCUGGAUGCCAAGCACGAGCAGGUGGAGAAGUGUCUGCUGACAAGUCCAUUCGAAGACGUUUUCAAGCAAUGCCUGCGAACAAUAAUCGAAGGGACGAGAAGCUCUGGCUCCCACCUCGUCUUUGUCCCUUCCCUGAGGGACGUGCACCACGAGCCCGUGUAUCCACAGCCACCCUUCAGCUUCUCCGAUCUGUCUCGAGAGGACAAAAAGCGAGUGCAGUUCGUGUCGGAGCCCUGCACUCUCAGCAUAAAUGGGGUGAUCUUCGGCCUGACAUCCACAGACCUGCUGUUCCACAUGGGGGCCGAGGAGAUCGGCUGUUCUGCCGGAGCAUCAGACAGAUUCAGCCGCAUCCUCAAGCACAUCCUGACACAGAGGAGCUACUACCCCCUCUACCCGCCCCCCGAGGACAUGCCCAUCGACUAUGAGCAUUUCUACACCUACGCCCAGCUGCCGGUCACCCCGGAUGUCCUCGUGGUUCCGUCAGAGCUGCGGUACUUCGUGAAGGACAUCCUUGGCUGUGUCUGCGUGAACCCCGGCCGCCUCACCAAAGGGCAGGUGGGUGGCACCUUCGGCCGCCUCUACCUCCGGAGAAAGCCGAUGGACUGGGAGAAGCGGCGGGGUCUGAGCAUCGCCGCGCAGGUCGUGAGGAUCUGAGCGCCCCGGCCUCCCGUCGCCCGCGAGCAGGCACGGCCCUCUCCUGACGCCGGACCUCCGGGGCCCCCACCCGGGCGGCCGGCUCAGACUCCUCCCCAGAAGGGAUGUGGGUAUCCAGGAGAGCCGGCUAAGGGGACAGCACGCCCACCACAGGAGGGCAGGCUUUGUGCUGUCUCCGUGUGAAUCAAGUGCACAAACCACCUGGGGAGAAAUAAAAAUCAAC